AUGGUGGACGUGCUGGGCGGGCGGCGCCUGGUCACCUACGACGGCACGUGGGUCGAGGCCGAGGCGGCGCUGCAAAACAAGGUGGUGGCGCUGUACUUCGCCGCGGGCCGGUGCGCGCCCAGCCGCGAUUUCACGCCGCUGCUCUGCGACUUCUACGCGGAGCUAGCAGACCAGGCGCGGCCGUCCGCGCCCUUCGAGGUGGUCUUUGUGUCCGCCGACGGCAGCGCUCAGGAGAUGCUGGACUCCAUGCGGGAGCUGCACGGUGCCUGGCUGGCGCUGCCCUUCCACGACCCCUACCGGCAUGAGCUGAGGACCAGGUACCACAUCAUGGCCAUUCCCAGGCUUGUGAUCGUGAAACAGAGCGGGGACGUCAUCACCGACAAAGGGCGGAAGCAGAUCCGGGAGCGGGGGCUGGUCUGCUUCCAGAACUGGGUGGAGGCAGCUGACAUCUUCCAGAAUUUCUCCGGUUGAGUUGGGGGGAUCUCCGGGGACCUGGACAGGUGUGUGUCACUCCAGUUUCUGCAGCGUGAACAGGACAGAGAAGAGGAGCAUCCUGUUUCCUUUCUCGAUGCUGGUGGUUUCUUUCAGAGCAGAAGCAAUCAGCUGUGAUGGAAAGAAAAUAUUGCUCAGGGAGCGCCCUCCCUGAAACCUUGUUUGUAGUCAUUUUUGUUAUUCUUAGCAUAGCUUUCUUCACAUGAGCUUAAGUGUGUUCACAUUGAGCUAUUGGAAAUCUAUGCAAAACAUGUAUCUAUACAGGCUCUUCAGGUGAAAUAGCAUAUUUAUUGAUACAUUUUCUGGAGAUGCCUUUAUUUU